AUGGCUUCGAUGGGACCACCGCCCGUGUUGAGCUCCCUCUGGACAGGCGGCGCUUCUCCGGACAGCCGCGGAGACUACUACGACGACCCCCACGAAGAGACCAAGAAGGAGGAGUCGUGCUCCUGUCAGAGCCAGACCUGUCAGAGCCAGAGCGAGUUCAGCUCGAUAGAGCGCACCGAGUCGGACUCGGAGUGGGAGGAGCUCUCCGACGGCCCUUCCCCCAGGGUCUCCCCGCUGGAGUCCCUCGGCGCAGUCGUGCUCUCCACAGUGCAGCCGGAGCACUGUCAGCGCAUGGUGGCCUUGUACCACCUCGUCUUGGAGACCGCUGUGGUCAAGGUCGUGCUGCUGGUGCUGCAACUGCUGUGCUGCGCGGUGUUCUGGCUGGUCGAGAAGACCGUGGGCUUCAACGAAACCGUCGGCUCGAAGCGCCACCGAUUGUGGAACAGCAAGUUCAAGCUGCGCACCAUCCAGCGCCAGUUGCUGUGGCUCAUGGCCAAUGCCCGGGGCGUCGAGACGCUCGUCUUCUUUGCCGUGCUCAUGACCACGCCCUGGCUGUUCUCCCUCAGCCUCCUGGGAUUCAUCCUGUCCCUGGCGGCGCUCCUGAAGAAGACCGUGCUGGAAUAA